AUGGCAAACGAGCCGGAGGAGUAUGAGCUCGUUUUCAUCGAUAGUGACGACCCAGAGCAGAUAGGAUGUGCCACGAUCUCGAAGCGUUCCACAAUCGCUAAACUCCGGCAACAAAUUCAAUCAUUAUUGCCCCUCUACGCGGGUGCGAGCCCGACCGAACUGGCUUUAUUCCAGAAAAUCGAGGAGAAAAGCAAGGACCUGGGUUCGCCGCUCCGUGCAACUUACCCCAUCUACGAGUACUACGCAUCACCACCGCCAGCGAAAAUGGUGCAUAUCCUCGUCAGGUGCUCCGCGUCGCCCCAUGAUGAGCUUCUAAAGAGGAAGCGCGAGGACGACAAAGGCCCAGAUGCGAAGCGAAGAAAGAUCCUUGAAUCCUUGAAGAUAGCUCGCUCUCUUGCCCCUUCCUCCGCCUCUCCGAAGGAACUAUUCGCACACUAUAAGGGGAAAAUCGACGUCAACCGACCUACUGCUGACCCGGAGACAAUCCCCAUUUCCCUCCUCCAUGAAGUUUUUGGAAAAUUCUUAGACAGCUACCAGACACAUCGGCCAACUGCAGAGGAGAAUCGUUUGUUCAAUAACCUUCAGGAGGCAAUGUUGAUGGAAUACAGAAAUGAGGGCGACCGUGCAUACAAACUCAGAUCUUUGUUUUCAGAGGAAUAUGGGAUAAAGUUGGAAGCAUCCCUUGUCUCUAACAUGGCUUAUACCACCGAUGGCCACCUCCAGAUAGACGGCCAUCCCCUCAUCAUCACAGAAGCAAAAGAUGAUGUGACGAGUUCUAAGGCAGCCGCGCAUCUGCAAGCUUUCACGUACUACCUACAAUUCAUCAAAAAGAGAAAGCCCGAGGAGGUGGGAAGAACUCCUUGCUUUCUCGUUUACUAUAUCGCCAUCUCUACUUCACUCGGUGUCCAAAGCGAUUGUCCCACUCGACCUGGGAUGACCGCGUCUAUCGACAGCCUGGAAGACUUGGGCAUCGUGAAUUCUUCUACUCCUGCUAUGUCAAUCUCAACCGCACACGGCAUGACGCCUACCUCCCCAGCUGUUACAACGACACGCGCUUCCUCCCGCUGGAAGAUGACGUUAUCAACCACCUCCGUUGCUGCAUCAGUCUACACUCCAACGGGUGGAUUGGUCUAUAUCCCAAUGGCAUCAGCCACCGAGCGAGCGUGGUCCGUGCCCUUCACUUCCAAAGUUCCUUUCCCCAAUUCGACUCCGUCAACCUUGAACAACCACACCGGCGUUAACAACCACAUCACUCUUGUUCAUGAUCCAGAGUUGCAACCAUUAUUAUUCAUGGACUGCUCGGAUAACUCUUCUCAUCCUCUCCCGGACACGGCGUCCAUCCCGACCGACAGGCAGCCUGAGUCAAACUCUGAAAGUCAGGGAAGCGGCUCCGGAAAAUCGGCUCCCACUGCAUUAGUGAUAUUGCUUAGCCUACUCGCCCUCGGAGGGAUCUCAUACUUGUAUAAAUACCUCCGACGAAGAAGGGCGCUUGCAAUGACUACGGCCGAGUGGGACGAUGAAAUGUGGGCUAUAUAUCGACGACAUAUACUGGGUGAAACUCUCGAUGACUCGGUCUCUUGGAUUGGACCUGAAAUUUGGGCUCCAGAACCUGGAAUCACUGCACCCGUGUUUAUGAAUCUUGAGAUCACCCAUUCUUACACUUCCUUGACACCGAUCACAAGUGUGCACGACCCUACGCCGACGUCUAUUGCUCUCACUACGACCCCUACCCAUCCUUGCUUGAUGGCUAUAUCAACGAUUGCCAUCGCUCAGCUAACCAAUAUCACAACGAAACUUACCACUGAGCAAAUUUCCGUUGCAAUCGUCACGCCCAUGAUUCCAGUGUUCAACCCGGACCCCUCCAUGAAUGACCGCACCGCCGUCAACGGCCUCGCCCCUACCGUGCGGAUUACUGAGCCGCCGUCACCAAUCUCGGCUUCGUCGACCAGAUAUUCUCUCUCUGUCUCGAGCACAGCGUUGGUCGCUGGCGAUGAUCACCCCGAGGGUUCGGAGCAACAAAAUAGCGAUGCUGGAGGCUCGAUUCCCGUGGCUCUCGUUAUCCUUCUCGUCCUGGUUUUCCUUAGAUUCUUCCCACGUUGCUACAUGUACCUCAAACGGAGAUGGGAGCGGCGUGGUCCGGAGCGUACGUUUUCAAUGUUUGCGCGCGGAUGGGACGAAGAAGAUUGGGCCAUUUGGCGACAAUUCUAUGGACUGGCAGAGCCUUCUACAGCGGAGUUGGGACUAGCUGGGCUGGUUGACGAUUCCGCCUCAUGGGUAGGACCGGAAGUUUGGGCCCCAGAGUAUGUCAAAAUGAUGGGACUCCAGCCUGCUGCCAUCAGGAACACAAGAAUGAGCACUAGGUCCACUGUUCGCUGGUCUGAUUUGUCAAUGGCAAUGACCGUCGAGUGCCCGUCAUCCAAAGAUGGAGAAACAGGCUGCUUACCUCCUGUCGACUUCGUAGCCUACAAGCUGUCGCGUCCCGAAAGGGCAUACACCAUUUGA